ACUCUUAUGUCGGGUUCAUGCACGACUUAACGUAACCGAAUUUAAGGAUCAGCUGUUUCUACACCAGUGUCCUCCACAUGUUACGCCGCCAGAGGAGUAUAGCUAGUGAUUUCCAGUGGUGGUCAAAUGUUUUGGUGACGUCACACCCAUUUUUUGACAUGAUUCGGGUGGUUUCGGAACUCGUCUUACCCUUGGAUAACCCUUUCCAUACUGUUCUAUGCUCGUAUUGACGUAAUUAUAAUAAUUCUGUGGUGUCUCGUGUUCCACGACGAUUUACCGAGACAGCCAGGUGGUGACUCAUCUGUUGUUUUUGUUUUAGUUGUUGACGAAUUUGCGGUAGAGAUUUGUUUUGGUGUUCGU